AUCCUUUUAAAUUAGAGAUAAAACUAGUUUGCGUGGCUUCCGUAACAACAGUUGUAUGAAGUCCCCCUAAAAUAUAGCAGUUCCACUCAGAGAAUACCUGGAUUUCUACAAACUUGCUGAUCUGGUCAUUAAUUGAGGUUCAAUUAUUCAUGUGUAGAUGGAAGGUGUGACACCAAACCUUGAAAAAGAAAUACAGGACUUUGUGUUUUCCCUUACUGGAGAGAGAGUACUGCUUGAUUUGGGUACUGAAGGACAAGUAGCCAUUAAACCAGUGAGUCCCCAUGGAUCUACCAUUCUGGGUAUGUUCUGGCUUUAUGUCCUCCAGCACCCCAACAACUACCCAAUCAAGCACUAUCCAUAUUGUAAAUUAUACCAAGCAGCUGGAAAAUAUAAAGUGACACUCAAGGUGGACACCAUCAGCAUUACAGUAUGUCUGGCCGUAGGGCAGUUAACAGUUGCUGGACUAGUAGCACUCGACUGGUUUGUCAUGAGAUUCUCUGGCAUCGUGAAGGCCUAUACCAGAUCUGAAGAAAGAGCUCAAGAGUUAAAAGAGCCAUUUGAUGCUGAGCAACAUCGACUGAUGAAGGCAGUUCGAAAAAAGAUGUUAAAAGAUUACUAUGAAAAUUGGCCUGAUGUUGUCAUCAAUGAUGAUUUGAAUGUCCUGGAUGCUCAUAAGAUACUAAAUGAGAAAAGGCUAGAAGCUAUAGAAGCAGCACUUGCUGAUGAAAAGAUGUUGCCAAUUGGUCCACUGCGAGGAGAAAAGCCAGAAAGUAGUUAUCAUUUAGAAAACAUGCUAACACCAGCUUCACUUUUCAUCAAGCUUGACAGACUCAAACAAGGAGUUAUGACAGAUGGUGCUGAACUGUAUGCAGUUUGGAGCACUUUGCUGAAUCAUUGGUUUGCAAAUAAGGACACCAAAGUGUAUUUGGUGACUCCAGCAAUAGAUGUGCCAUGCCUUGAACGUUUGUGCCAUCUUUACCUGAAUAAUCGUCUCACUGCUAAUUUGAAUAUGCUUGCGACACCACUGCAGUCCCAAUGUGGGCACUUGGCUGACAUUCGGCGUACAGUCAUGCAAAGUUUGCCACCCAAAGAUCAAGUCUUUGUGGAGUACAAUGUCUAUAACUCCAUGCUUUACCCAAAAGCAGAGUUCCAGGCAAAGUUUAUUGCUGGGGUGUGUGGAGAACACGUUGAAGUGUUGCUGACAAGUGCAAACUGUGAAAGGAAGCACUUUAGUGCAGGUCAUUCAAGUCUGGCUUUGUUUCAGCAGAUAUCGCUAACAGAAUUUGAUAGUCAUCUUCUUGCCCCUAUUAUUUCUUCUGUUGAUUAGGUUGAAGAUGUCAGUUCUCAGUUGGCAGUUACAUUCUUAUGUUUGUAUUUUUGAAUAGAGUUGCUGUCACUUCACACACUGAACUUGAACUUUUCAUUUUAUGAUCUGAAAGGAUCUAGUGUAUUCACCUGUAGCAUGAUAAACAGCCUACUAUGAUGCUGCAGUGUUUAAAAAUAAGAACUGUGUUGAUGAAUAGUGGGAUGUUUUAGACAUAAAACAGCAACAUGAAAAUGUUGUAUGAAGUAAUCUACCAUUACCUCUAUGCUGUAGUGUUUGGUCUUCAAGUAGUUCUUAUAGUAAGUUUACAGAUUGAAAACUACCAACUGGUUUUCAUUAUACUAGUUUUUUGUUAACCUGUGUAUUGUUGAUACACACACUCACAUAUGUAAUAUAUGCCCUACGUUUUUUUUUAAAUACAGUAAGUUAUUUUCAGUGUCAUAUAUAGAUUAAGCAAAGUAACUCUUCUUAAAAAAAAGAUGAAAACAAUGUUUUAGCAUUUUAUAUUUGUUUAUUUGCUCCUUAAGUUGUAAAUUUGUGCAACAAAUAAAACUGAACUGCUAUGUGUAUAAUGCUUUUAAUACUGCUUUUGCAUUCAUUAGUGAUGACUCUUACUGAGUGAUGAAAAUGGUCAGCACUCAAAGUAGAAAGUAAUCUGAUUGACAUAGCAAUUACAUCAUUUGUUAAAAAAUUUGAAUGUGCUUUCAGUACAAAUGGUAGCCAUGAUAUUAGCAAACAAAAUGACAAUGGCAAUGACCAAUAUUUUUAAUCCUAAUGGGCAAUUUCAACAUGGGAAAUGUGCUCAGUUACUAUCUAAAGUUCUAGUUACAGAUUAUGUAAAAGAUAACGGUAAAAGAUGUGAGCAAGUGAUACAAUCUAAAGAAAAAAAAAAAUCUUACAUCUAAACUACUCAUAUGCACACCCCUCAACAUCACACACACACCACCAACUAUUCAUCUGUGAUACAACAUGAGGAUGAGGAUUAUUAAGCUGUAAAUGUAAACUGCACUUCAUAGGGCAAAGAAAAAAUAAUAGUAGGUACAUGAAGGAAUGCAAAGACUGGAGGAGAAAAGAUAACAGGAUGGACUAUUAAGCUUAAUUGCAUAUUUUAUUUUUAAAAACUUUUUUCGAAAGGAAGAAGAAAAGAUCACUGUCCUUUUCAACUGGAUCAAAACUAUAUGUGCUUUUAUAUAAUGGGCUCAGAAUCCUCAGAUGCCUGUCGCAAAUUAAAAGUGUACGAAAUCAAUAACUGAAAAACUUCAGAUUCUGUGGCAUCAAUAACCAGCAAUUAGUGAAACGGGGAAAACAAAUCUGGAAAUGAACAGAUGAUUCUUUUAUUUAAGGACAUCUGUUGUAACGAUCCUUCCCUUGAUUGAAAAAGUACGAAUAGUUUCUAGAACAUAUAUGAUUAUAUCUGUGUUACGUAUGUAUUACUCAAAGACACCCGCGCAAGUCUGAAUUUAUGUUUCAAUGCUCGAAUCACAACUGAUUAUAAUUAAUAUUGUUGGAUUGAGUAAUGGUUUGUAUCAUCGAUCGGUCUAGAAAAAGGAAAGAAAGAAGGGAAAAAAAAUCAAGGAUGGAAUUAUAUCCCUUGCAAUGUAAGCAAAGUCAACAGGAAUGAAUAAAAGAGUGUAAACUACGGGCAAUGUCCAUCUCUGCUACUAACGACAUCGAAGAUGCAGGAUACCACGAACUACACUCUCCAAGCCAGAAAAAAAAAAAAGACUUUUCUAUAACAGGAAGUUGAAAGUGCGCAUGUCUGUUCGUCGAACCCGCCAUAUUCAACAUUUCAAAGAGGAGAAGCUGUAAACAUGUCAACAAAAAGGCCCAAAAGAGAUUCCACAGAUGGAGCAAAAACAAAGAAAGCCAGAGCCCAAAAAGGGAAUAAGAAGUCUAAAGAAAACUCAAAAUGUCUAGAUCGUCUGUGUAUCAAGUCCUCUGCAAAAAGCAAUUUACAGGCUGUAUUUUCACCAGAUGCCUACGAGUUUAAUGAAUCAGAUGACUUUAUCAAUAGUGUGGCUUCACAUAAGUCAUAUUCAUCUUCCUCAAAGGGCCAUCAUAGGAAGAAAAAUGAAAGGAAAACAUCUGGUCUUAAAUAUAAUCUAAAAGGAAACACAAAGGAAACACAUCACAUUUUGUCCAAAGUGACUGGGAAAAGGUUAUGCAAAAAGAAUGUCAGUAGCAAACAGGGAAGAAAACAAAAACCAACGCAGACUAGCACACCUGUUGCAUUGGUGCCAGUUGCGUGUAAAGAAACAACAAAAUUUCAUCUACCAGAAAGGAGACGAUCACCAAGGAUCCCACUAGGCAUGCUUGACUUGAGUGUAACACCCAUACUCCACAUUUCUUCAACGAAUUCUCCUUUUCAGCCACCCAUCGGGUGUGAUCCACAGAAUGAUAGCUACAUCAAGUCACAGAACCAUUCUCAAAAGCCUCUGGUUUCAGUUAGGGUAUCACAUUCUUCACAAAAAAGGGAUCAUCCACAGCAGCUCUCUGAUCUAGCGCAUACACCAGUUCUUGAAAUUCAGAGUGAAAGGAACUUAAAGAAGAAAAUGCUUGGUCACUCCCAGGUACAUAGUAUUACUAGCAAAUGUGAGGAAGGUGUUCCAGUUAAGAAAACAAAGCAGAAUAAGUUGGUAAGAUCAGUGAAGACUGAUCCUCAAAAAAGAAAGGUAUCUGUCAAUGCAGUAUCAUCUCUAUCCCAUCAAAAAUGCAAAACAAAAACACACAAAGAUUGUAAGAAAAAAUUAAGUGCAUCUUCCAAACCCCUACAAGCCAAAAAUGCUGUAUCUUUAAAGUUGUCGAUAGCCAAGAAACCUAAACCUUCAACUGUAAGCAUUGCAAAAGUUCCAUGUGAUUCCAUGGAUGUAGACUUGUUUACCAUGUGGGACAUAGGACAAGAGAAUAUGUGUGGUGAGCCUUUGGCUGUGGAUUCAGGAAUUUCAUCCAUGAACAGCACGAGCCCUUCAGAAUCACCGAUGGCAGACAUUGCUGAUCGUGCAACGCCUCUUAAAUUAUCACCUAAACCUGUCAUGACAGAAACAAAAGGUCCUUCACUGAACAAGACUUCAUCCAAGAUGUAUAAACCAAGCAAUGACAAGAGGGAGAAGGGACGCUACUCCAUUUCUCGACUGGAAACGUGGGCCUCUAAAGUAAACCAAGAACUGGAAGCAGCUGAAAGCUUUGAACUCAGCGUUGAAGGAUAGACUCUGCCAAAGUUUGGCAUUAGUGUGUGUGUAUCUCCACUGCUGGUUUGAAACUGGCACAUCACAAUGUCCAAAACAUAACUAUGUACCAGAAAAAAAAUCUAGUGAAUUUAAUGAACAUUUAUUGUUAACAUGAUUGAAAGGAUUGUAGUUUUUUUGGGCAACAAAUGCAUUGGGAAAAUAUAUAUUGGUAACCAUUUUAUUUCAUGUGUGAACACAGGUAGCAAAUUUAGAAUGCCAUUCAAUUUUCAUUUCUGUUUUGUGUCCAGUAAAUUUCUCCUUCUCUUA